AUGAAUACUUCCAUCAAACUCAUACUUCUUCACUUUCAUGUGUUGAGCUGUGUUAGGCAUAAAGUGAUCCAGGUAAGAGGAUAUGAGGGAGGAGAUGCUGUCCUUGACUGUCCAUCCAAGAAGGGCUACGAGUCCUCCCCAAAGUACCUGCGAAGAGUGAAGAAUGAACAGGAAAACCCUGUAGAAGUCAUCCACUCCGACGGUAUUGCAGAAUGGACCCAUCGAGGGAGGGUAUCUCUGCUGGACAUGAAGGACAAAGACAUCUUUACUGUGACUAUCCAUAAUCUGACCCUGGAGGAUUCUAAUAUGUAUUGGUGUGGAGUUGACGUGACAUUUAUCCAAGGUACUACACCCACACUUGUCAUUCCUGAAUACACCACAGGAGGCAGCACAGCCACCAACAAAAACACAUCAGGUGUGUUUAUAAGUGCAAGUGUGGCAGCAGCUGCAGUGUCAAUACUCAUGAUCAUACUGGUCACUGGUGUACUCUACAUGCAGAGGAGACAGAGGAGAGAGAGACCAACAGAGGUACAAGCUUGA